AUGUCCACUACAUCUCACGAAGCCCUAGUAACAGGCUUUAUCUGCUCUGGCUUCUCGAUGGUCAUCCUUCUGAUUCGAAUUAUUGCAUCGAGGAUCAAACAGGGGCGUUUCGAUGUCAGCACCAUCAUCUGCGCUGCCGCCAUCAUCGUUAUUGCGCUUCGAAUCGCCGUAAAUCAGUAUGUCCUCAACUAUGGAACCGUGAAUGAUGUCUUGUUCGGCAAAAUGGACUACUUCAACCCUGAAGACAUGAGGAAGCUCAAAAUCGGAAGCAUCCUUUCAUUGUUUGCUAGGCUAUUGAUCACCACCUUUUACUGGCUACAGAACUGCUUGCUACUCCUGUUUUACUCUCAAUUCUUCCAAGUUCGCGCUCCACGCUGGACGACAAUACUCAUCCGCAUGUGCUGGAUCGCAAUAUCUCUAACCUAUGUUGCCGUGGUACUGUCCACCUUCUUGGAAUGCCACCCGUUUCGUCUAUACUGGCAGGUAGACCCCAAUCCUGGCCAUUGCAUCAGGGCCUAUAUUCAGCUGCUUCUUCAAGGAGCAUGCAACAUCGUUCUCGAUCUCCAUCUCCUGGCAAUUUCGGUUCCACUCCUACUUGUUCAACACCGGACACUCAGCGAGAGAUUGAGAAUUGGCACGCUAUUCACCCUUGGCUUUUUUUGCAUUAUCAUCACCUGCAUCCGGAUUGCAUAUAUAUAUGCAGAGUCAUCAUAUCAACCAACGCGAAGCCUAUGGGCAUCUGUUCAGAUGUUGGUUUCCUGUUUCGUCGCCAAUGCCCCGACAAUCUAUGGCUCAGUUAAAUUAAUCAAGAGACGCAAGUCCGAACAAACUGCACGAAGAGGCAGUCGGCCAGAACUCUGGCUGCACCUUCAGGUGACAAAUGAGAACAUGAGCGCCACAAAUGUACCAGUCUUGAGUCGGCAGGCCACCAACUCAGCAGCAGCAUCAGAAAAGGCAUAUUCCAGCUGGACCCCAUAA